AUGCGGAGGAGCCGGCCAAUGAGGAUCGAAUACCCUUCCCAGGAGCAUCCAAUCAUUAGCCGUGCGGGGACCAAUCAGCUGGGAUGGAGUUUUCUUCAAAGUCCCGAGGAAGGAGGCGGGGUUCAUUAUGGAAGUUAUGGUUCCUGCGGAGGUAUUUCUCCAAGGGAUGGGAGGAGAGGAUUCGAAGCACGAGCCGGCGCUAAUGAAACAUGUUGCCAUCAUAUUGCCAAUCCACCGAUAGAUGUCAGCAGCCAUCCUGCAGAAACAUCCCUUAAAAGGUUCAGGACAGGGGGAUGUUUUUACCUGAAGGGUCGGAAGAAUGGCAGAAACUAUUUCCGUGAAGAACCAAUAGAGAGCGUAAUAGCGGAGGAAAACAAUGGCAAGGGUAUAAAAGAACCCGCUGAGGAUAUUAAUAUAAUUAUCCUCCGAGCCCAGGACCGCUUUUUGUGUCCUUUGAUGGACACUUUUGCAUUUCGGCCUGACAGGAUCCUCUUUCUUCAGCCGCCUCUCCAGCAAUAUUUCAACCGCUCCAGCGCUCCCCUUUUCCCAGCGGCGAAAAAACUUCCGCCGUCCUUGUGA